AUGUUUAUCAGACACUCAGACACCGUCAAGUCGGCCGCCAAAAUGGUCGCGGCGCCCAUGAUGGAGUUCUACAACAAGAACCAGACUGAAGGCAUCCCGGGCAAGCUAACGGACACCUGGUAUGUGGCGGGCGCCAUGUUCAUGAUUCUCAUCCAGUACUGGUAUGCCUCCAGCGAUGACACCUAUAAUACUGUUGUGUCACAUGACCUGAUGUUCCAGUCGGGUGAGAAUUAUGACUUUCUCUCAAAAAAUUACAGUCACUGGUUGGGUAAUGACGAUCAGAUGUUCUGGGGACUUGCCUCCAUCACUGCUUCAGAGACUGGGUUCCCAGAGAUCCCAGACAAACCCACCUGGACCUCCCUGGCGCGGGCAGUCUUCAACAUGCAGGUUGCCCGAUGGGAUACCACGAAUUGUGGUGGCGGCAUGCGAUGGCAGAUCCCCCUCUAUCUGCCUGGUUACACGAUGAAGAACGCCAUAUCUAACGGCGGUCUUUUUGAACUGUCAGCCCGGCUCGCACGCUUCACUAUGAAUGACACUUAUGCGCAAUGGGCUGAAAAGAUCUGGGACUGGUCAGCCAACACGCCGCUCUUACAGACUGAUCACUGCUUGCUGAUUAUAUAUGGUGAUAAAAAGACCAACGGGAAUGAACAGUGGCUGGAGAGAGUCAAUGGGCUGUUGAACUCCUUUCUAAGGACCUUCUGCCCUAAUGAUAAGGGUGGUAAUGUCCUGUCUGAGGUUGCCUGUGAGCCCAUCAUGACCUGUGAUCGCAAUCAGAUAGGCUUUAAAGGAUACACGGCCAUGUGGCUGGCACAUACCGCAAUCCUCGUUCCCUCAACUGCGACCCGGAUCUACCCAGUCCUGCAGGGGUCUGCCCUCGCUAUCUCUAAGCAGUGCUCUAAGCAGCCUGAUAAUACCUGCGGUAUCCGUUGGUGGCAGUCCACAUGGGAUGGCUUCACUCCCGGGCUGGAGUCGCAAAUGGCGGCCCUGGGCGGUAUCACAGCCAAUCUGAUGUACUUCAAAUCGACUGCACCAAAGACCAUUGACACAAACCCGGACGGCAAGGAGCAUCAGAUUACUGCGACCCAUGAGGAUGAGACGACCUUGGAUACACCUCCCCCCGUUGACGCAGCCAAUCGCGCGGGUGCAUGGAUUCUCACUGUGAUCUUUGUGCUUACUGCUGGGGGGUUAGUUUGGUGGUUAGUCAAGACGUGA